UAUGAAGAGGAGGUGAGUAUAAGAGCGAGAAAGAGAGAGAGAAAAGCUUACCUUCACACAUACCACCUCAACACACUCACCACCUCAGCCACCGGCAGCAGUGUCCAGUGAUGGAGUCAGCCAUUGAUGUACUCGUGUCCCAGUUCAAGGCRUUUGCUGGAAGUGAUGGAUCCUCAGACACACUGAGCAGAGAUGAGUUCCAGAGCCUGGUCAAAACACAACUCCCCAACUUCGUUAAGAACGCUGGUGACCCAGCUGUCAUCGACCGACUCAUGGACUCAAUUGACGAGAACAACGACGGAGAGCUCACCUUCCUGGAGUUCUGGCAGCUGAUUGGACGACUAGCAAAUCAACGCGGCGGCUUUAUCCAAUAGGAUGUCUCCAUGUCUUGUUCUGUUACUACCAUAUAAUUACAAUGAUAACUUAUUCUAAUGGUAUGGUUAUCCCCAUGUUGUGUUUCUAAAUUGUCAAGUGUUUGCUAAUGCUAUGGAGGAUUUGUCCAGCAAAAUAAAAACAUGGAUGAAUCAUACAACUAUUGUA